CCCGCCCCGGCGGUAACGCCGGUGCCACGGGAGAGGGCCCGGGCAGACACCCCGCUCCUCUGCAGGGAGCAGGAGCGCGUGUGCUCCGCUCCCCGCCGCUGAACGGCAUCUCCCGCCACCCCUUAACAAAAACUGUUGCUCUCAAACUUCAGAGCUCUGCGUAGAUUGUUUCGGAAAGGACCCGGACCUGGCCGCGAGGCUGUGUCAGUGCGCAGGGAGCUGCAGCCGGACCGUCCCGAAUGGACACAGGGGUCUGCGCUGUUCUGUAGCAUCUCUGUGCUCUCAGGACCCGAGAGAUGCGUGUCAGAGAGGUCAGAGUUACAGCCGAUUGCCAGAUGCUCUUAAACCAGAUGAAAGAGAUCACAGGAAUUCAGGAUUCAGCAUUCCUGCUCGCAGCUCUUAAGGCUGCUAAUGGAGACCUGAUGGAAGCAGUCACCUUCCUGACAGAGGAGCAUGCCCAGGAGCCGGCGCAGGACCUGGCCGCUGCAGAGCCCUCUGCCUGGGAAGGGAGCGCGGUGGGCAAACAGCUCCCACGGGAUGUUAGUGCUGUGCCUGCCCCUCACAGCCAGGACAACCUUCACACAGCCAACACCGUCAGACCCCUGGAAUCACCAAAAGCUCCGGCUGCAGAAAGGGAUGCAACCGAAAGACCCCAGGACACGCAUUCCACUGAAAACAAAAACCGCUCCAAAAGGAAACGCUGUGAAGUCUGGGGAGGGAACUCCAAGCGGAAUGACUGGAGAAGAGCGGGUGACUGGCCUGUUGGAAUGAAAAAUAUAGGAAAUACGUGUUGGUUUAGUGCUGUUAUACAGUCUCUGUUUCAGUUGCCAGAAUUCCGGAGGCUGGUCCUGGGGUACUCCCUCUCACACAAUGUGCUUGAAAGAUGUCGUAGUCACACUGUAAAAAGAAAUAUCGCAUUCAUGCAAGAACUUCAGUGUCUGUUUGCGUUGAUGCUGGGGACACGGCGUAAGUUUGUAGACCCUUCUGCAGCACUGGAACUCUUGAGGGAUGUGUUUAGAUCUGAAGAACCACAGCAAGAUGUGAGUGAAUUUACACACAAACUGCUGGACUGGCUGGAGGAUGCGUUCCAGCUCACCGUGAAUGUCACGAACCCCGGGGACAAAUCUGAAAACCCAAUGGUGCAGCUCUUCUAUGGGACUUUCCUGACUGAGGGUGUCCACAAAGGCAACACUUUUUCCAAGAUUGAGACCUUUGGUCAGUAUCCCCUUCAGGUAAAUGGUUAUCGGAACUUGAGUGAGUGCUUGGAAGGAGCCAUGGUGGAGGGAGAGAUGAAUGAGGCGACAGCAUCUCAGUCAAUGAAGUAUGGACAGGAGCGCUGGUUUACAAAACUCCCACCAGUUCUGACCUUUGAACUCUCCCGAUUUGAGUUCAAUCAGUCACUAGGACAGCCAGAGAAAAUUCACACCAAGCUAGAGUUUCCCCAGACUAUUUAUAUGGACAGGUACCUCUACUGCAAUAAAGAGCUUAUUCAGAUAAAGAGAGGAGAAAUUAAGAGAUUGAAGGAGAAAAUGGUGAUUCUGCAACAGAAACUAGAAAGGUACAUGGAAUAUGGCUCUGGCCCAGCUCGCUUCCCGCUGCCUGACAUGCUGCAGUAUGUGCUCGAGUUCAUCACUACAAAGCCAGCUGGGGCUGUUCCCUCUGCUCAGGGCUCUCAGACAACACUCCUGCACUCCCAAGCCGAGCCUCAUGUUUUGGACGUGCUUUCACAGCCAAAUGGCAUAUUAGAAAGGACGGAUACUAGUACUGAAGAUGGAGCUUUCUUUUUGGCAAAUUCUUCACCACAGCAAAACUCCAAUGUGGAGCUCCAGCCUUCUGUUCCACCAGCAGAGUUGUCUGAACAUCCAGCUCCCCACGUGGUCUCCGAGGAGGAGCUGAACCUGGUUCGGACGUGUCUGCAGCGAUGGAGAAACGAGAUCAAACAAGAUAUGCAAGAUCUGAAGGAGUCUAUUGCCAGAACCAACCUGUCCAUCAAACAAAUGUACCUUGACCCUCUCCUACGACAGGUUCCCUAUCGUUUGCACGCAGUCCUGGUCCACGAAGGGCAAGCAAAUGCUGGGCAUUACUGGGCCUUCAUAUACAACCAGCCUCGGAAAAGGUGGCUCAAGUACAACGACAUCUCGGUGACGGAGUCAUCGUGGGAAGAGCUGGAGCGGGAGUCGUUUGGAGGCCUGAGGAACACCAGUGCCUACUGCCUGAUGUACAUCAGUGACCAGGUGUCCUGUGUUGGUGCAGAUGAGGAUGAGGGCCCAGAGGCUGUACAGAUCCAGAAAGAAGUGGAAGCCUUGACCCCAGAACUGAGACACUACAUCCAGGAGGACAACUGGCGCCUGGAGCAGGAGGCAGAGGAGUGGGAGGAGGAGCAAUCUUGCAAGAUUCCACAGAUGGAGCCUUCGCCUGCUUCUGAGUCGCAGGACCUCUCCUCUGAGUCAGGACCAGAUCAGUCGUCAGUCUGUGAGCAGGGUGUGCACUCCCUGUCCUCGGAGCACGCCAGGAUUGCCAAGGAACAGACUGCCAAGGCCAUCGCCAACACUGCUGAUGCCUACGAGAAGAACGGCGUCGAGGCAGCUCUGUGCGAGCCCAAGGAGGUAGAGCCGCUGAAGGCCCAGCCGGGAGAAACAGCCCUCACAGUUCAGGCAGAGCAGCCCCAGGAUUCUCAGGAAGCAGAGGCUGCUGCCCAAACUAGCUCACAGGUCUCUGAAGUGGAAAUCCCCAGUGUGGGGAAGAUUCCUGUUAGAUCUGAUGCAGACGGAUAUGAUGAGGAGGUGAUGCUGAGUCCAGCCAUGCAAGGUGUCAUCCUGGCUAUUGCAAAAGCCCGCCAGACCUUUGAUCGCCAUGGGUCUGAAGCAGGGCUUGUUAAGGCGUUCCACGAGGAGUACUCCCGGCUGUACCUGCUCGCCAAAGAGACCCCGACCCCCCAGAACGACGCCCGGUUGCAGCACGUGCUCAUCUACUUCUUGCAGAACAACGCUCCACAGCAGGUGGUGGAACGGACCCUCCUUGAGCAGUUUGCAGACAAAAACCUCAGCUACGACGAGCGGUCCAUCAGCAUCAUGAAGGUGGCACAAGCAAAGCUGAGAGAAAUCGGUCCUGACGACAUUGACAUGGAGGAGUACAAGAGAUGGCACGAGGACUACAGCCUUUUCCGUAAGGUGUCCAUUUACCUGCUGACGGGGCUGGAGCUCUACCAGAAUAGAAAGUACCAGGAGUCGCUCACCUACCUGGUCUACGCCUACCAAAGUAACAAGAAGCUGCUGCUGAAGGGAACCAACCGAGGCGUGAACAAGUCCCUGAUCGCCUUGUACAGAAGGAAGUGUCUCCUGAAGCUGAACGAGCUGGCAGCCUCUCUGUUCGUCAGCUCUGAAGAAGCUCACGUGUCAGAGGGCGUGAGCAUCCUGAAUGAGCUGAUCAUCCCUUGCGUGCACCUCAUGAACAACUUUGAAAUCUCCAGAGAGGACCUGGAUGCCAUCGAGGUCGUGAGGAACCGCUGGUGCUCGUAUUUGGGACGAGAAGACAUGGACGCAAAGCUGCAUCUGAAGCUGGGCGAGCUGCUGCCCCGGCUCCUCGAUGGCUCCACCGAGGUCAUUGUGCUGAAAGAGCCCCCGAAGAUCCGGCCCAACUCCCCCUACGACCUGUGCAGCCGCUUUGCGGCCGUGAUGGAGUCCAUUCAUGGGGCCUCGACUGUGACAUAGCCCACAGACCACUCGCUGUGCCACAGUGUCACACUGCUGACCUGCCCGGGGCCUCCAUCGGGCAGUGCUGGAGCGGGAGAGGGGCAGUUUGGCUUCCGAGCUGUGUUCUUUGUAAAUAUAAGCGAAUAAAAAGCAGUAUUGCACUUCUGAGGCAGAAAGUGAGGCAGUAAUGAGAAGGACCUGGACGACUGUUGUAGCAUGAGGCGCAGGCCCCAACAGCACCACAGGGCCCAGCCCAGCUCCAGAGGUUCUUCUGUCCUGACAACUUUCUAGAUGCAACCCCUGGGCCUGUGAUGGCACAAGAGCCCGGCUCCUCUGUGCACAGUGCUGCCUGUAGUCACUGGGCUGUCAGAUCCUUUUACAGCUCCCUGAAUGGUCACUGCCAGAGGUUGCACGUUCCGACCCAGCCAGGCUCCUGCUCGCGGGAGCCUGGGCUCAGUGAGGAGGAGGCAGCGAGGAGCGGCAGCUCACACUCUGUCGUGUGGGCAGCCGUGCACGGGUUGGUCAAGCCAAGCAGGCUUUUGCCUUUUGUAUUCCAGCUGGCACCAGAAAUCACGCAGGAGCCUUUCUCAGAGAGGCACAGGCAAAUCCUGGUAGUGAGGAGCCAGGACGGGGCUGUGAGUUUGACUGGCUCGGGGCAAUCACACCACCCCAAAGGAUAUUCCCCUCACAGCCGGAAGGCAAACUUUCUUCUCCCCUUGGGUGGAGUGUCAGGGCUGGAUGAGUGUAGAUGACAACUGUGAGGGCUCAGAUCAGCCCAUUGUGUUGGUGAUGGGGUUUUUUGUUGACUUUGUUAACGAAGUGCCCUGUUGGCAUUUCCUUUUGCAGACGCCCUGUGCUUGUGUUUGAGCUGCGGCAGCUGUUGUAAGCCAAAAGUUCUGAGUCAGUGGAGGGGGAUCCUGUUUGUUGGGACUAUGCAGAGUUUUCUAACAGUGCAAUAAAAGCAUUUGUUCUAUGUUAGAAUGAAAAA